CAUCGACCGCAUAAAGCCCGGCAAGAAACACUGAAUUGCAGAGUACGCCGCAAAUCGGUUCCAUCGGUGACAACGUCCAGCGAGGACGGCACCUAGUUAUUUGGAAUCUCCCCGCAGGACUUGGAAUAAGCCCGGGAAACAAAGCCCGGUCCAUUGCGGGCGACCCACGUCAAACCCUUGCUGGGGCCAGCCGGGCCAUUUCCAGGAUCGCCAGAGCCAAGACGAACCCCCUUGCCGGCGCAUGGGAUGGAUCGCCCACUCAAACAACCGGGAAUUCAUCUCAAAACUUCCCCCUUUCAGUGCACUAAACCGCUCUUGGAGCUGCCGAUGGACCAUGUCGAACCCUGGACCUGGUGUACCCCCAUGGCCGGGAGCACCUCAGGAGACUGGGAAAUCUCUCUCCCAAACUCUAUCAGAGAAAGGGACGACACGAGCGAACUUGACUUGGGGUGACCUGACCCCGACACAGACCGCAGCUGUCAUCUUGCACUGCAUGCUACCUACACGGUACACAGCAACUACUCCGGCAGCGUCGAACAUCAGCGAAUCCGCGCGUCCUCCGAUCGCUGUGCCAGCGGCCUGCCUUACUGCGCCGAAAUAUACAGCAAACGUCGCCAUCUAUCCUUAUCCUGCUCGUGCAACACCAACCAAGCGCCAGCCGACCACCAAUCUUUCUGUCCAUGAGUGGCGUCGAUCAAAGCUUGCCAGUGGUCUGCCACUGAGAAGUCGCCUCGCAGGUGCGUCUCACGUUCUUCUUCUCCGACCGAACGGGGAGCGCUUCUCCCCCGUCCUCAGCCCCAACAACUGCAGCUGCCCCUGCCCACGCCUGCCCUUGCUGUCGUCGCCCGCUUUCGUUCGAGGCUCUCGCUGGCAUGCAAUACCGUGCUUUGCCGGCUCGCGCCCCGCCUAUGCUUCCCUUUUCCCGUGCCAUUCGACAUGGGACCUGGCGAUGGCCACUGAGAUUGGCGAUUGCCUCACGCAUGCGCCAGCGCCGCCAAACUGAGGUCACAAUGCUGACACGGUUGGGUGCCGCGUGAGCGUCCGACCUUGGUCUUUGUAUGUGUCUGUACGGCGAUACUCGGGGCUUGCGUGAUGUGCCACUGGCCCGCAGUCUCUCACAUAUCCAACCAUCGGGCCCGGGAAGUGCCCCGGCCGCAUUCGUCUCCCGGCUGUCACGGGAGUCUUCUGUACCCGCCUUCCUGUUCUGUCGAGUUUCGAGUCCCCAGCGUCGCUUUUGUUUCAGUUCCGCCACCCGCGAUUGCGCCGGCCAGCGAAUCGUAUCCGAUCGGCUAACAAAGAUUAGAGUUCCCCAUCACAGCCCUGCGAGAUCGAAACACCGUUGCCU